AUGCCAGUACCACUACUAGGAAGAUUAAAUUUAUUUGAUUGGCCCGUUAUAAUAGUUUCUUUUAGUUUAGCAUGGUUUGAAUUUAUUGUAUCAAUUAUAACAACGUUAUUACCAAGACCAAUUAUAAAAAUCUGUACAAUAAUAACCAAACAAUUUUUCAAAUUGACUUCAAAUCCAAUUGAUUUAAUAAUUGGUCAAUCAUCAAAAGGAGAAAAUAAUUUAAAAAAUGAAGAAGAAUUUAAAUAUUUAAAAGCAAAAGAUAUUUCAAAAGGUUCUAUAAAUAAACAAAAUUAUGAAAUUAUGAUUGAAAUGUUAAAUGCUGAUAAUAUUCAAGAAAUGGUUCAAUUAUUUGGUUAUGAUAUCGAAAGUAGAGUAGUUACAACUAAAGAUGAAUAUUUAUUAACUAUUCAUCGUAUAAAAUCUUCUUCAACUACUUCAAAUACAAGAAUUCCAAAUGGUAAAGUCAUAUAUUUACAUCAUGGUUUAUUAAUGUGUAGUGAAAUUUGGGUUACAAUGACUGAAAAGUAUCAAAAUUUACCAUUUAUAUUAUACGAUUUAGGAUAUGAUGUUUGGCUAGGUAAUAAUAGAGGUAACAAAUAUAGUCAAAAACAUUUAUUUCAUAAUUUAAGUUCAACAAAAUAUUGGAAUUUUUCAUUAGAUGAGUUUGCUAUAUUUGAUAUUCCAAAUACAAUUGAUUAUAUUUUAAAUGCAACAAAAAAGAAAAAAUUAACAUAUAUUGGUUUUAGUCAAGGUAGUGCUCAAGCUUUUGCAAGUGUUUCAAUAAAUUCCGAAUUAAAUUCUAAAAUAGAUCAAUUAAUUGCUAUAUCACCUGCAACAACACCUCAUGGAUUAUAUUCAAAUUUUUUGGAUAUUUUAUUAAAAUCUUCACCAAAUAUUACUUAUCUUUUAUUUAGUAGAAAAGUUCUAAUGCCAUCUUGUAUAUUUUGGCAAAAAAUAAUGUAUCCACCAUUAUUUGAUAAAAUGAUUGAUUUUUCAAAUUAUAUGUUAUUUAAUUGGAAAGCAACAAAUAUUUCAAAAUUACAAAAAUUAAGUAGUUAUGCUCAUUUAUAUUCUACAACAAGUGUUAAAUGUGUUGUUCAUUGGUUUCAAGUUAUGAGAGCUAAAAAUUUUCAAAUGUAUCAUGAUGUUUCCACUUCUUCCUCAUUAUCUGGUUUAAAUCCAAUAAGUUAUCCUUUAAAAAAUAUUGAAGUCCCAAUUCAUUUAAUUUAUGGUACUACGGAUUCAUUAGUUGAUAUUGAUGUUAUGAAGAAUCAAUUACCAAAUAAAUUAACUACAACUUAUGCUGUAAUUGAUCAUGAACAUUUAGAUAAUUUAUGGGGUUAUGAUGUUUAUGAAGUUGUUUUUAAACAAGUUUUAAAAUAUUUGGGAGAAGAUUUAGAUCAAGUCAAUCUGUUAUUAUUUAGACAAAAUAAUAAUAAAUUUAUAGAAGAUAUGAUUGAUAAUUCUACUGAUGUUGAUGAUUUUAGAGAAGUUGAAGAAUCAACUAUUAAUGUUGAUGGGAAAAUGAUAACUCCAGUAUCAACUAAAUCAUAUUUAAAACAAAUAAAUAAUAAUAAAGGUUUAAAAGAUGGUAGUCUUAAAAUUAAUGGUAAUGAAGAUAAUUCACAUAGUAGAUCAAAUUCUUCAACUUUUGUUGAUAGACAUCAAUCAUUUGGUGGAUCUAGUUCUGUAUUCGUAUAA